AUGUCGUCUCCCAAGGACGCCGAGAUCAAAGAAACCGGCGCGGACCUCCACCCGGAGGAGCACAAGUCGGCCGCGGACGCUGUGCGCAACGCCAAGUCGCCCGGCGUGGUGCGCAUCCAGGCCAUCUCGUCCGUCAUCACUUUCACCGACCGCAUCUUCAUCUUCUUCGGCGUCUUCCUCGUCGCCUACGCCUACGGGCUCGACGGCACCGUGCGCUACACCUACCAGCCGUACGCCACCGCCUCCUUUGCUAACCACUCGCUCGUGUCGACUGUCGCUACGCUGCGUGCCGUCAUUGCUGCUGCUGCUCAGCCCACGGCGGCCAAGAUUGCGGAUGUGUUUGGCCGUGUUGAGCUCAUCUGCCUCUCCGUCUUCUUCUAUGUUCUCGGCACCAUCAUCGAGUCGGUCUCUGGCAAUGUGUCCCAGUUUGCGGCUGGUGCCGUCAUCUACCAGAUUGGCUACACCAUGAUCAUCCUCCUUGUCGAGGUCAUCAUUGCCGACAUCACCUCCACGCGGGCCCGUCUCUUCUUCAGCUACCUCCCAGCCCUGCCCUUCAUCAUCAACACCUGGGUCAGCGGUGACAUUACCGAGGCCGUUCUCAAGGCCACCAGCUGGCAUUGGGGUGUUGGCAUGUGGUGCAUCAUUUACCCCGUCUGCGCCAUGCCGCUCAUCAUCAGCCUGUCUCUUGUUGGCCGCCGUGCCAAGAAGCAGGGUCUAUUGGUCAACUACCGGUCGUCCUUCCAGGAGCUGGGCUUCCAGAACCUGGCCGUCGAGCUUUUCUGGCUAUUGGAUGUCAUCGGCAUUAUCCUCCUCAUUGCCGUCUUUGCUCUCAUCCUCGUCCCCCUCACCAUUGCUGGUGGUUUCCAGGCCAAGUGGAGCGACGCCCAGGUUGUUGCUCCUCUCGUCAUCGGCUUCCUCUGCAUCCCCUUCUUCAUUGUCUGGGAACUCCGAGCGCCGCACCCGCUUGUCCCCUUCACCAUCAUGACCGACCGAGCCAUCUGGGGCGCCAUGGGAAUCGCCGUCCUGCUCAACUUUGCUUGGACCAUGCAGGGUGAUUACCUCUACACGGUCCUCAUCGUGGCCUUCAAUUUCAGCGUCAAGGCCGCCACCAGAAUCACCUCUCUCUACUCAUUCACCAGUGUGCUCACCGGAACCUUCCUUGGUCUUAUCGUCUACAAGCUUCGCCGUCUCAAGUACUUCAUCGUCGCAGGUACCUGCCUGUUCAUGGUCGCCUUCGGUCUCCUCAUUCGCUACCGUGGCGAUCCCACCAGCAGUGGCCGCGCCGGUGUUAUUGGAGCCCAGGUGUUCCUCGGUUUCGCUGGUGGUAUGUUCCCGUACCCUGCCCAGGCCCUUCUUCAAGCCCACGUCAAGCACGAGAACCUUGCAGUCAUGACUGGUGUCUAUCUGGCCACCUACAACGUUGGCUCCGCCCUCGGAAACGCCGUGUCUGGAGCCAUCUGGACCCAAGUCCUGCCCUCCACCCUGGCCAAGAACCUCGCUGGCAUCAACGAGACUCUGGCCGUGUCCGCAUACGGAGACCCCUUCACUGCGGCCAUGGAGUGGCCCAUGGGUACUCCCGAGCGUGAUGCCCUGGUCCACUCUUACCAGCACGUCCAGCGUUACUUGACCAUCACCGGUAUCUGUCUUUGCAUCCCGCUCAUUGCGUUUGCGAUGUGCCUCCGCAACCCCAAGUUGACCGGCGACCAGAACUUGGUUGAGAAGGACAAUUCUACCACCAACGAGUCAGUCAGUGCUUAG